AUGGAAAGAAAUUUUCAGCCAAUUACCCCCCCAUUAAGGGGGGGUAGGAUUCAGACAGACAGUUUCGUGCGAGCUCCCACAAUGGAGGCAGGCAUGAAGGAUGAAAUAAGAAAAUCCCAUGGCCACCAGAAAACCAAGGAGGUCUUCACUUUCAAUGAUGGCCUGGCUGAACAACAGGGGCCUUUCCUCUCAGUAGCAAGGCCGAUUCUAGCAGCUUUGAUGCUUCUCGACUCGCCCCCUAACAAGGAAGGAGAAGGGGGACCAGAUCCCGACACUGUCUGGGAGAUGCUAGAGGAUGCUCUGGUCACGCUAGGCAAUGCCAGUGUUUGCUUGAAUGUCUGGCGGCAGCGACGCUUCUCAGAUUUCAGAGACCGGAAGAGGAAAUGGGCUACAAGCCUGGGGGCUCCAAUGCUAAAUACAGUAAGACCGGUGGAGGUGCCAGACGAGCCUCUGAUUCCAAUCAGGCAGCUAGCAACAACCUCAGCUGACUGUCUGCCCUCUACUCAUCCCCUUACACUUUCGGACAAACAAACGGCAAACAGACUCGGAAAUUUUUUAGCAAAUUGGAAACUGAUUACUACAGACAGAUGGGUUCUUCAUGCUGUUUCGGGGUACAAAAUACCCUUUCUCAAUCUCCCACACCAGUGGUGAGCUCGACCAACAGUAGCCCGGCAAGGGCGGCCGAGGGAGCUAAUGAAGGAGUCAACUCAGUCUCUCGUUUCCAGGGGUGCCAUUUCUGUGGUGGAUCCCUGCCCGGAGCAGUUCAUUUCGACUCUCUUCCUUAUGGAGAAGGGGCCGGGGAAAGGGGAGUUCCGCCCAGUGAUCAACUUGAAAGUGCCGAACAGAUUCCUUCCCAAGGAGAAGUUAAAAUGGAGGUGCUCCACACCACUUGCUCUCUUCUCCGCAGGGGCGAUUUCAUGAUGAAACUCGAUCUCAAGGACGCUUAUAAUGCUGUUCCGAUUCAUCCAGAGUCAAGGAAAUAUCUUUGGUUCUACCACGAGGGAAGAACACGACUUUUGUUGCCUUCCUUUCAGCCUUUCACUGGCUCCCUGCUUCUUCACCAGAAUCCUCCAUCCCAUCAUAGCAAGACUGUGCUCAGAGGGAAUACAAACAGUAAUUUACUUGUAUGA